UUUGGUCGCGUCCAGUGUUCGGACUCGACUCGUCGUCACAAGCAUAGAAACGGGACAAACGGCCAAAUAAACCGAGACAGACUCGCUGAAGAUGAAUAACAAGCAAUAAGCGUUACUUAGAGCACACAAGGCGAUCGAAGGGAAGGAAGAUGACAGCGUCUGCGAGUGAAAAAGCGGAGGAAAUGAUGGAGGGGAGUGGACAGGGCGACGAGCCUGAGCUGUUCGUGAUGGAGUCGCUUCAGCCGAUGCUAUUUUCCAUCCGCGUCUGCCCCUCCAAGGCCGCGCUGCAGAGGAUCAUUGAGGAUCAUGGAGGAGAGUUGACGUCUAAGGUGGGAGGGCCACACACAUUACGCCUAUUGCCCAUAGGAGAGAAAAGCUUCUCCGUGACCAGUGAUGUGUUCAGCGCCCAGUAUGUCUAUGACUGCGUUAAGGAAAAAAGACUGCUGGAUCCAAGCAAAUUCAGAGUGAAUAAGAAGUCGUGCUACACUGAUGACGUCAAAGUCCUGGACAUCAUCCGGGGCGUGCGUUCAUGGGCAGACUGUGUGCGUGUGGAGGUUGAUUCUGCAGAGGAAGUGAGUGAUUUCAGCGAUGAUGAAGACUUCAAUGUCUUGAUUCAGAACAGGACAUGGAAAACAGGCAGACGCCCAUACAGCCGCAUAGAACAGAAAUCUAUCCUAGACUUCAUCAUCAAAUACAAACGUUACGGAGAUGUCAAGGGCAAUGUCCUGUGGAAGGAUAUUGAGAGACGAAAGGUGUGUCCCCUGAGAUCAUGGGAGUCCAUGAAAGAACAUUAUCGCAAAGUUAUAAUAACUGACCUUGGACCCUACCAGCUCUCAAAGAAAAUAGAAACAAAGCUCUAUAAAGGAUAUACUGAUGGUAAAUAUCACGAAGAAAGUUCAGAUGACAAUGAAGGUUCUGAAGAGGAAGCGGAAGAGGAAGCUGACAGUAAAAAAGAAAAAAGAGAAGUGGAAAAUGCAAGCAGAAGCAGUGACCGGGAGACUCCCAAUGGGAAUCUAAUUUUACCAAAGCUAAGAAAAGAGCAGAGAGAGGAGGCUGGCACACAGAAGGAGGCUGGCACACAGAAGGAGGCUGGCACACAGAAGGAGGUGUUGAGAGACCCAGAAGAAACACCUGUAGAAGAUGAGCAAUCAGAAUUAAGAUUGCAGGAGGAGAAAGACAUAGAAGAUGAGGAAGAACCAGAAGAUGAAGGUCAAGAGAAGGCAGAAGGAAAAGGGGUAAAAAAAGGAGUGGACGACGUUGCGUAUGCAGAGGUGGAACGUCAGGUAGCCUCAUUCGACACUGGAGCUGCAAACAGCACACAGUCGUUUGAAGUUGUUCUGGCAGAUGGUGAGUUUGAGAACCCCCCAAAGCGAACAGCUAGCUAUCUAAAAGAACUUGCCGAAGACUGGGAAGAAUCUCGAGGAUCAUUACCCGACAAGUCUCAAAAUGAGGGAGAGACUGAAGCAACGUGUACUGAGAACAAGCAGGAAGGAGGCAGAAGUGAAGGUGCACUCAAUGGAAAUUUGCACAAGAACACACAUGAUGGACUGACUCAUCAGAUUGUUAAUGUAGAAGUGCAAAGCUCUGAAAGUACAAGUAACCCGGUCAUAACCAAAAAGAAUAAUGACAUGUUCACUGAGAAAGAGGCUGAGGAAAUAGCAAACUACCUUGUGGAGAUGUCAAGCUCAGAUGCAUGGGAAGAGCAAGCCAUUACAGAAUCGAAGCGUAACAAAUGUGGAGAUGCUUUGGAGUUGGAUCAAUUACCAAAAGACAGCUUACCUAAGAACUCUGAAGUAAAUGCUAAAACUCACAAUUCAGGAGGAGAUUCAGGUCGAGAGAAUAAUGGUGAGGGAACUUCCAGUCAUGAUGAUAAUGUGGAACUGGCUAACUCAUCAGCAGAAGAUGCAAUAUUUCAGACUUGCCCCUCAACAACUGAUUCCCAUACAUAUCAAGAUGCUGGAAAGGAUACACAUUUGGCUCAAAAGCCCCAUAACAUAGUUGAGGGUAAGGAUAUCACAAAAGUUUUGCUUAGUCCAUUUCUUGCAGAAACGGGGAGCUCUGGAGAAGAAAGUGACCAUUCUACAAUCCUUUUCUCAGAAGGGGAGGCAUAUAGGAGGAGGUCUGUUAGUGAGGAAGAAACAGCCAAGAAAAAUAAGAUCAAUGGAACCAAAGGAGACAGAAGCAGCUCUGCCUCAGAGAAUAAAAAAAAGAAAAGCAAGAAAGGUCAGUUGCAGGACAAGCAGUCUGGGAGUUCAGGCUCCACUCCUGCUAGCAAGGCUGUCUCUCAGGAAAAAAGGACGAAAAAACCUCGAAAGAGAAGACCACUUUUAGAUGAGAGCACUUCCUCUGAUAGUGAAGUCCUGAUCACCAGGAGUAGGAAGGUCGACAUGGGACAGAUACUCUCAUGUCCUGCAAAAGGACAGAAGACUCGCUCCAUAAGUGGAAAAGAGGAAACAGAAGGUGAGAAUGUAUCUCCACGCACCCCAGACAGACAGCGGCAGAAGGGGAAAAGAGUCACAGGAGUAAACUCAAGCGAUGGGAGCACUUCUGCAUCUCUGCCGAGGGUCAAACAUCAGUCUCGAAAGACAAAGGAUGCUAACCACAAUGUUGGUGGCGAAGCAGUGAGAAAGACGAAGAAGGGGGAGAGAAAAGCCGCGUUAGUAGAGGACAACUCAGACAGCGAUGUUAAUGGUGAGGACAGUCUCGUAUCGGAAGAUGAAAGCAGCAGUAACUUUAGUGGAACUCUGGCGUCUGACCCAUACUUUGGCAUUGACACCGUCACUGGCUACUAUGAUCGAUCCUUUAAUCCAAGCCAAGGACUUGUGCGGAAAGUAAACUCAAAAAGGAGGAAGAUUAACACUGCGAAGGGCAAUGGAGUCAAAAUGCCAUACACACACGAGGAGGACGUCAAGAUCCUGAUGUACAUUGACGACUUGCAUUCACACAACCAGGUGGGAGGACGCGAGCUCUGGCAGAAAAUGGAGGGGAAAGGCAUCCUGCCCAACCGCAGUUGGCAUAGCCUAAAGGAGAGGUACAGGAAGAGGAUCGUGCCUAACCUCAACAUAUACCAGCGCUACGGUCUCUGCAAGACUAUGCUUCAACGGUUCAAGAAACAUUCGCAGCCAGCAGAGGAGUCACCAAGAGCUAAGGCAAGUGAAAUAUAUAGACAGCCAUACUCACACGAGGAAGAUCUAUGCAUUUUGAAUUUCAUCAUCAAAAACAAGAGACAUUCGGAGGUGGGAGGUAAGAGCUUGUGGACCCUGAUGGCAUCGUGUGAGCCGGGAUUGAAAGGCCGGACAUGGCUCAGCCUCAAGGAGCGGUACCGCAUGAGCAUCGUCAAGCACCUCCACAGCUUCAAUCUCUCGGAUGACGAGAUCCUCAAGUUCAAGAAGAGUGGGAAUCGCUCCAAGAACCAAAGGCCCACUCACAAGCAUCCACCAAAUGCCUCGGUAUACAAGUUUGCCAAAAUCAGAUUGAGCAGUCGGGCCAAGAAGCGCAGCAAGACAAGUAGUGUAUCAGAGUCAGAGGACCCUAGAGAACAAAAGGAGGAGGAGACUAGGGGGGGGAGUGAGAGCAGAACGGAAGGAAAUGUUGGCAGUAAGGGCAAGGGAAGAAUGGGUGGAGAGGAGCGAGCAAGCACCUCUAGUGGACAUGAGGACAUGGAUGACAGUGGUGGCUUCAAACUACCAAAACGAAGGGGUGUGCUUGGGAGAGUGACUGAGAAGGAAAGGGCCUACUCGCCUGAAAUCCCCUUCUUAGAUGGAACUGUUUUUGAGAAGAAACGGAAGCUGUAUACCGAACCAGAGGGGAAUAAAGUGUUGACUCCACAGGUAAUGAGUGAGAAGGAUAGUGAGGAGAGGUUGGAUGAAGGGAAAAGGAUAAAAAGGAGGAAACUAAAUAAUGUGUCUUUUAGUGAACAGGAAAUAGGAGAAGAAGGAAUAGAAGGAAGUAGAGGAAGUAAGCAGGAAAGGGAAGUGAGUACAGAUAUGCAUGUAGAGGACAGUGUGGAAGGUCAUGUAGAGUCGGAUGAUGAACUACCCUUGCUGAUCUACAGGGAUGAAGAGGUGGAGAGUGAUGUGGAAAUAACUGCUAAGAUAGUAGAAGACCAGGAGACAGUGAAAGAGAAAGUAAAUGAUAGUGUAGAAAUAACAGACAAAGAUAAAAUGGAUAUCAAUUCAGCCAGUGAAAGAACGGUAGCACCUCCAGCAGAAGUGAAUUCCAAAGAGGCAAGUGAUUCGGUCAGUCCGGAAAAUGACAAGGAGAACAUAUCAAGAACACCCACUGCUUUCAUCCCAGAAAAUACACAAAGACUGUCCCCAAGGAAGAGAAACAGCAUGAAGUUCACCCAGAAGCCAUCCAGCGCCACAUCUCUGAGUGAGAGCAGCGCACCGGACAUCGCUGGUGACCCUGAACCUGACAGAGUGGAGAAGCUCGAUAAAAAAAGAAGAAAGAAGGAACGUAAUUCUCUGCCUGCCACAACGAGCUCCCCUGACAAGAGAGUGACUCGGCGUUCCUUGGAACUGGAGAAAAAACUUCCGAAACAGAAAUUAAGGAUUCGUCCAUUACACAAGAACAAGUGAAAAUUUUAUGUAGUUUUGGGGGUAAUGUUUUUUUUAUUUGAUAAAAGGCUUGAGGCUUUAGUUUUAAAAGUUGGAUGAAUAUAGUACAUAGUAUGAUUUUAUGUCUGAGAUGUAAAGAAAAGGAAAGGAAGUUUUAUGGAAGGUGAAUUUUUUUUUUUUUUUUUUUUUUAUUCUAUUGCUCUUGAUAGGAUUUGUAGUCACUAGACUUAGGUUAGUUUUUUAAGGAUUUACCAUCUAGAAUUCUUGUAUCUAGGUUGAACAAAAGUUUGUAGUUGGUUAUAAAUAUUAUAUGUAUAUUUUCUUACGAAAGUUUUCUUUUUGACAUGCAAGGAGACAGCUUAUAUAACAAAAAAUGAAUACCCCACUUAAUUUUUUUUUUUUUUUUCUUUUUUUUUUUUUUCUUUUCUUUAAUGUGCAUACAUUCUGCAGUAUAUGGUGUAUUUCCACAGUGGAUGUUUUAAAUAACAUUCAUGUCAUGCAGAUCUUGGUUGUUUUGUAAAGGUUUAGUUAGUGUUCCUUUAGCUGUGUAUAUAUUAUAAGGGAGGAUUUGCAGAGCUGGGGAAUACUGCAGGUAUUCUUAGACUUUAGAAUUGUCCAUUGAUUAUAACCCAAUAAUGUUGGGUAAUAAUUUUUUUCUUUUUUUCUUUUCUUUUCUUCUUUUUCUGCAAAAUCAGGCAAGAAUGAUAAGUACACACUAUUGAGUGGUUAUUUGUCUUGUUAGUAGGGGUUGUGAGAGCUUAACUUGGCAAUCAACAACUUGACAUGAUGAGAUAUCACUUGCCUCCUGUGAUUGCUUUUCAUGUUGUGAUGGCACUUCACCUGUCACCUAUUAGAUUUAUAUACCAAAAAGCACCAGCUGCUGCACCUUCGUAGCUCUAUUGGUACUGGUUCCAGAAAAUAAGGGGAAAAUGCAUAACAAUAAGAAAUUACUAAGAGUUAUGUUUAUCUAUAUCUGCUGCUGAUUUCUUGAAUAGUUACUACUAUUAGUUAUUUGAGCUUUUCCUAGCAGUUACAUAAUUCAGUCCUAUUUGUUAUAUGAAUUUAAUAGUGUUGGAUACAAUCUAAGUGUAAAAGUAUGGACAUUACUUCCCCUAUGAUUUUUUUUUUCUUCUUUUGUAACUGUAUUAUAAACUCCUCUGUGCUGUCUUCCUCAGUUCUUCAGCAACUCAUAUGCUUUUGUAUUUUCUGUUCUUAUUUGGAUGUUUUCAUUUGUGAGUACAAGAGUUGCAAUUUUGAGGAUGCCAUAGAUCAUUUACAUUUAUUACUAUAAAAAAAGGAGGGAAAAAUCAUAUAUACUGUCUUGUUUAUCUGUAGAAGGGACAGUUUCUUGCUGUUGCUUGCAGAGUAAAUAUUGUAUCUGUUGUAUUAAAGUCAGCACACUAUUUUGGGGUUGAUCUCAACAGUACAAAAUAUACAAAGUGUAGUAGUUAUACGAAACAUGUGAUAUUGAGGGAAAAAGUGAACAAGUACCUUUUCAUGUGCUGUGAAGCCCCUAAAAUUCUAUUCCACUUGUUUUCCUCACUAAGUUGUUGACUUUGUUUAUUACAGAAAUGUCAUUUUAGAUGUAAAACCGAUUUCUUGUACUUUGUAUUGAUAUUGAUAUUAGUCAGUCAAGACUCCAAAAGCUUAUAUGAUUACCCCAUUUAAGAAUAAAUAAUAAUGGAAAAAAAUGUAGUGCCAUUAUUUUUUUUUUUUUUUUUUCAAAUAUAUAUAUAUUGGGAAAUUUAUUGCAGCCAUGAAAUGCAAGGCAAUUAUAAGUAUAUACAGGAAUCAGGUUGUGUUACCAUUUCACACAUGGUGGCAAAUUUAUGCUAUAUAGGGGUUACCUUAAAGAGCAUGUUUUAGAGAACGGAUUUUAACUGUUAAAAGCAGCAGAAUAUGUUAUAUUUGUGACCAAUGUUUUCUCAAUUCCACUUGCUUCUUUUAAUUUGGUUUGUGUGGUAGCACAUAUGAUUAUGUGAAACUGAGAUCUACUGUGAGAAAAAUUUGUUUUUAAUAUAUGUGGCAUGUCUGCAGACAUGUGGUUGACUGACUUUGGGCUUUAUUCACCCUGUUCUGCCCUGCCACCUGCUCUCCAUUUGUGUCAGAGAGCUCUUUGCACACCAGAGUCUUGAAUUUGACAUGCAUGUAUUUCAUCAAGCAUGCCUGGUUUAUAUCAGCACAGGGUGGGGCAAGCUGCACAGAGUCUGGCAUAUACACAUUUAGUGUUUACUGGAUAUGAAGAUUAGCUUGGAAAUAGAAAAUAUUCUUGUGGAAGAAUUUGUACUUACAUUUCUGUUCUUUCAUAUAUUUAUUUUUUUAUUUUAUUUAUUUAUUUUUUAUUUUUUUCAACUUGGGCAGGAAUUAUAGCCUACCAGGAUCAAAAUACUAUUUGUUUGAAACUUCAUAUUUACACAUAUGGGUACGGUAUGGGGGAGGGGGGGUAUUUACACAUAUAUUUUAUUGUUUUCAGUGUCAUUAUUGAAAACAAAGAGAAUGUGGCUACACCUUAAGUUAGGCUUUCCUGAAAGAAUUUGUAAAGCAGAGUUUAUUCUACAGGAGUAGCCUUUGUAUUGAAUAAGUUUCUGAAGUAAGCGAUGUUUAUAUGACUUUGAAUUGCAAAUUCUGGCCGCAUGUUCAAAAUUUUGGAACUAAUUUUUAUUCACUUAUUACAGCUUGUAAAGUGUUUACAUAUAUAAUUGAAUUUGUUCCUUAAUGAAUGAAGAUGCAAUAUUAAUCCUGUAAUCAUACUGUUAGGUACAUUUUGCAGGAUUACAAUUUUGGAGAGAUCUGUAAUAACAUUAAAAUCAUAUGUAUAUCUCUUUUUAAUCUUGUAUUUGAUUCAACAUAUAUAUUAUUGCUAUUAGAGUAUUUUGUGUGUUGUGUAUACUCUUCUGUACUCUCCACUUCAGCAAUCCCGGUGGAGAUUCUCGGUUGUAAGAGCGCUUUGGUUAAAAGAAAACAAAAAAAAAUAUAUUUUUGAGGUACUACUGCUGUAUGACAUGUGUAAUGAGUCAUCCAAUUAAAGGUUCUUUUAUGGGGCUAUAUGGUAGUGUUAAAUCAUUACUUGUCCUUAGCGAGAAAUAACUCCGAAGAUGUAUUAAAAGCACAAGAGGGAAAAAAUGGUCUCCCGAAGGGUAAAGGAAGGACUGCACUGAAUAACUCAUCAUGUAUUUUACAAUUAUGAACAAGACUAAAACACCAAUACCAUUUUACAAAAUAUAUUCUUCGAAUUAGCAGCUUGCCAGAACUGGAAUGUUGUGCAUUGUGUUAUCUCCUAUCAGGCUGUUUUUUUAAAUUUAAACAGACUCACGGUGUGUUGUAACUGCUUACAUACAGACGUUAGAGAGACUGACAACAAGCUGCUGAUGAGGAGAUAACCUUUAACAAAUGCUGUUUAUGAAGCACCGUCUAAAAUUAUAUGUAUAUACAUCAAUAUUAACAAAUGGACAUGACCGAGAGUCGAGAAGGGAUACAGGUUUAAAAUUUUCAGGCUUAAGAGCAGAUGUUUAAAAAAAAUAGAACAUUUAUUAUUUCAAUGGCAUUCAGAAACAAUACUAUAUAUAUAUAU